AUGGCUCCUUGGGCACAUCUAGCUCUAGUCUCUCUUUUGACCCCACUUCUCCUGGCCUCCCCAGUGCCAGAUGAAUCUGAAUCUACAACGCAACUGCAAGCAAGAGCAAAGGAUGGCUAUGAAUCACCUCCAUACUAUCCCACUCCUCCUGGAGGAUGGAUCCCCGACUGGAGUGAGGCCUAUUCCAAGGCGCAUCGUCUAGUCAGCAACAUGACACUGGCCGAGAAAGUCAACCUGACUACAGGGACGGGCUUCUUCAUGGGCCCUUGUGUAGGACAGACCGGAAGCGUGCCUCGCAUGGGUAUUCCCAACCUGUGCCUCCAGGACAGCCCCCUGGGAGUUCGCAAUUCGGACCACAACACUGCAUUCCCGCCUGGUAUCACAGUCGGCGCGACCUUCAACAAGGACCUCAUGUAUGAGCGAGGCGUUGCGCUUGGCGAAGAGGCUCGCGGUAAGGGAGUGAAUGUGCUUCUUGGUCCAUCUGUGGGGCCACUUGGACGCAAGCCUCGCGCUGGACGUAACUGGGAAGGCUUUGGUUCUGAUCCCGUUCUGCAGGCCUUCGGAGGUGCUCAGACUGUCAAGGGUAUGCAAAGCACUGGCGCUAUCGCAGCCAUCAAGCACUAUGUUGGUAAUGAGCAGGAGAUGUACCGCAUGAGCAGCGUGAUUACUAAAGGAUAUUCGUCUAAUAUCGAUGAUCGUACCUUACAUGAAUUGUACCUCUGGCCCUUUGCUGAGGGUGUUCGUGCGGGUGUGGGGUCUUUGAUGACAGCAUACUCCGAUGUCAAUAGCUCUGCUUGCUCGCAGAAUAGCCAACUGCUUAAUGGAAUUCUUAAGGAUGAGCUUGGCUUCCAAGGCUUUGUGAUGACUGAUUGGCUAGGCCAUUACUCUGGUGUUGGAUCUGCUCUCGCUGGACUGGAUAUGUCUAUGCCUGGUGAUGGGGCGGUUCCAUUGCUCGGAGAUUCAUACUGGGGUGCAGAGCUGUCACGCUCGGUCCUCAAUGGAAGUGUACCUGUGGACCGUCUCAAUGAUAUGGUCACACGCAUUGUUGCUACGUGGUAUAAAUAUGGACAGGAUAAGGACUAUCCCUUGCCAAACUUCUCGACCAACACCCAGGACAAAGAGGGUUCACUUUACCCUGGAGCGUUGUUUUCUCCAUCUGGAGUCGUUAACCAGUUUGUCGAUGUGACGAGCAAUCACAAUAUCACCGCCAGAGCUGUCGCACGCGAGGCAAUCACGUUGCUGAAAAAUGAGAUGGGCAUCCUCCCUCUACGCCGCAAUGAUUCAAUCAAAGUAUUUGGCACAGAUGCAGGUGAAAACCCAGAUGGUCUCAACUCAUGCAACGAUCAAGGAUGCGACAAAGGUGUCUUGACCAUGGGCUGGGGCAGUGGCACUUCCAGAUUGCCCUAUCUUAUUACGCCUCAAGAGGCCAUCUCCAACAUCACUAGCAAUGUCGAGUUCCACAUCAAAGACAAGCUCCCUUCAGAUGUUACCGCAGAUGCCGACGAUGUUGCUCUUGUUUUCAUUAACGCCGAUUCAGGCGAAAACUAUAUCACCGUCGAAGGGAACCCGGGUGAUAGGACCAAAGCGGGACUCAAUGCUUGGCAUAAUGGCGAUGAUCUCGUCAAAGCAGCGGCAGAGAAGUUUACCAGUGUAGUUGUAAUUAUCCACACUGUGGGCCCCAUUCUUAUGGAAGAGUGGAUCGAGCUCGAAUCCGUGAAGGCAGUGGUCGUGGCACAUCUGCCAGGCCAGGAGGCUGGCUAUUCCCUUACCGAUGUCCUCUUUGGCGACUAUAGUCCAAGCGGCCACAUGCCAUAUACUAUUCCUCGCAGUGAAGAUGACUAUCCGGCCAGUGUGGAUCUAAUCAACCAGCCAUUCGGCCAGAUUCAAGAUACAUACACCGAGGGGUUGUACAUCGACUACCGCCACUUCUUGAAAGCCGAUAUCACCCCUCGGUAUCCAUUUGGCCACGGUCUCUCCUACACCACAUUCGAAUUCUCCCAGCCUUCCCUGUCAACCGAAGGUCCCCUCGACACAGCAUACCCGCCUGCAAGGUCCAAAAAAUUGCCAAACCCAACCUACAAUACCAGCAUUCCCGCUGCGUCGGAAGUCGCCUGGUCUUCUACCAGCUUCAGUCGCAUCUGGCGCUACCUCUACCCUUAUUUACACAAACCGGAAUUGAUCACUACAAAGAAAAAGUAUUCAUAUCCCGAUGGCUACAGCACCGAGCCUCACGCAGUUCCCCGGGCUGGGGGCGGCGAGGGUGGAAAUCCCGCCCUCUUCGAGACUGUACUUUCGCUCAAACUCGAGGUCACGAAUACGGGCAAGCGUACCGGCAAGGCCGUUGCUCAGCUAUAUGUCGAAUUGCCCUCGAGUUUGGGACUGGACACGCCGCGCCUGCAGCUCCGUCAGUUUGAGAAGACCAAGGAGCUUGCGCCUGGUCAGAGUGAGACCAUCACGCUACAUGUCACUAGAAAAGAUGUCAGUGUUUGGGAUGUUGUAGUGCAGGAUUGGAAGGCCCCUGUCAAUGGUCAGGGCAUUAAGCUCUGGGUUGGAAAUAGCGUUGCUGACCUUCCCGUACUUUGUGUGGUCGGAGGCAAGUGUUCGACUCAGUAA